AUGAUCCAUAAUAAUAGUCAAGCACUACGAUUCGCGGCUGAUGGUACAUUCAAAAUCUCAGUCUUCUCGGAUCUACACUAUGGUGAAUCUCAAGCUUCAGUCGGCCCAGAAAAUGAUGCUCGGACCGGCAAUGUCAUGAACACCAUUCUCUCUAUUGAAAAACCACAGCUUGUUGUGUUGAAUGGAGACCUAGUAACCGGCGACGCGACCAGUCGGUCUAAUUCAAGCGCAUAUGUCGACCGUGUUUUGACCCCACUCGUCGAGAAUAAUGUCUCAUGGGCUUCCACAUACGGGAAUCACGAUAGUGCUACGAACUUAUGCGCAGAUGAUGUCUUUAGAAGGGAAAGAUUUCACCAGAACUGUUUCACGCAGAGUAUGGUUUCUGAUCCUGCAGCUGGGCUCACAAACUACUUCCUCCCUGUUUUCCCUCACAACUCGACAGCAGCAGAAGUACCGGAAGUAAUCUUGUGGUUCUUCGAUACUAGGGGUGGAAGCGUGUGUUCCGAAAGUGAGGAUGAAUCUGACCGUAUGCCAGAUUGGGUCCAUCAAUCAGUGACUAAGUGGUUUAUAAAAUCUCACUCACAGUUGAUGGCGGAAUACGGGAAGGCAGUACCAUCACUUGCCUUUUUCCACAUUCCCACAUAUGCGCUACGAGCUUUCCAGGAGACUGGUAUAAGCAACUACACCGAACCGGGGAUUAACGACGAAAUACCAGUCAAGCAGCAAGGAUAUUUCUGGGAUGAUGAUGAUUAUAUGGGGCAAGAUGCUCCCUUCAUGGAUGCCUUACUGCGUACAGAAGAAAUGGUUGCUACAUUCAGCGGUCAUGACCAUGGGAAUGAUUGGUGUUUCAAUUGGAAUGGGAAACUACCCAAUAUGGACCUGGAAGGGAACGGACUGAAAAUGUGUUACGGCCGACGAACAGGGUAUGGGGGAUAUGGAGAUUGGGCUCGCGGUGGACGUCAGAUAGUAUUACGGCAAAACGUCAGCGAAACACCCAUUGAGACUUGGAUACGAUUAGAGGAUAAAACAGCUGGUGCACGGGUAACUCUCAACUCGACCUAUGGACAAGAUCAAUAUUAUAAAUGCCUACGAGUGGGGGCACAAUAUUUCUACAAUGAAAUUUAUCUAUGCUGA